GCGAGGGGCCGGGCCGGCCGGGCGGGGAGUGCGGGUAGGUUCUGUGCGCGCUGUAGGACGAGGCUCCCGCCGCCCGUUGACCCGCGCUCCGCCCCGUAGCCGGGCCGGUGAGUGCCCGCGAGCCCCUCCGUGUGCCUUGGGGGCCGGGGAGAGGGACCGCUGAGAGGGAGGGGUAACCGGAAGUGGGGGACCCGAGGAGAGAGAGAGAGACCCCAGGAAAUGGGGACGCCUGGGGAAGGGGUGACAACCGGAAAUGAGGGGGCUCGAAGGUUGUCGACGGGACGUGGGGUCUCUGGGGCUCCAGGAGCGAUGGCUUCCUGACCUCUCCUUGGUGGGAUGGGGUGGGGAAGAAGGUGAUGCUCACAAAAUGAUGGGUUCCAGGGAUCCUGGUAGCUAAUGUCAGAAGAAAGUGACUCUCUGAGAACCAGCCCUUCUGCGGCCUCACUUUCAGAAAAUGAGCUGCCAGCACGGCCCGAGCCUCCUGGCUACGUGUGCUCGCUGUCAGAAGAACUGGUCAUGAAAGCCAGGGAGGAGCUGCAGGAGAAGCCGGAAUGGAGACUUCGAGACGUCCAGGCCCUCCGUGACAUGGUGCGGAAGGAGUGCCCAAACCUGAGCACCUCUCUCGACGACGCCUUCCUGCUGCGCUUCCUCCGAGCCCGCAAGUUUGAUUACGACCGGGCCCUGCAGCUCCUGAUCAACUACCACAGCUGCCGGAGGAGCUGGCCCGAAGUCUUCGAUAACCUGAAGCCGUCAGCCUUAAAAGAUGUCCUUGCUUCCGGAUUCCUCACUGUGCUGCCCCACACCGACCCCCGGGGCUGCCACAUCCUUUGCCUCCGCCCAGACAGAUGGAUACCGAGCAACUAUCCAAUUACUGAAAACAUCCGAGCCAUAUACUUGACGUUAGAGAAACUCAUUCAGUCUGAAGAAACCCAGGUGAAUGGAAUUGUAAUUCUUGCAGACUACAAAGGAGUGAGCUUAUCAAAAGCAUCUCAUUUUGGCCCUUUUAUAGCCAAAAAGGUGAUUGGCAUCCUGCAGGAUGGUUUCCCCAUUCGGAUAAAAGCAGUCCAUGUAGUGAAUGAACCUCGAAUAUUUAAAGGCAUUUUUGCCAUCAUAAAACCAUUUCUGAAGGAGAAAAUAGCAAACAGGUUUUUCCUCCAUGGGUCUGACCUGAACUCUCUCCACACAAACCUUCCAAGAAGCAUUCUCCCCAAGGAGUACGGGGGCACGGCUGGAGAGCUGGACAUCGCUGCCUGGAACACGGUGCUGCUGGCCUCGGAGGAGGACUUUGUGAGAGAGUUCUGCCAACCCGAUCCCGCCUGCGACGACAUCCUGGGCGGGGCCCUGCUGCCCGAGGGGCUGACCUCAGAUGCGCAGUGUGAUGACUCCAUGCGGGCUGUGAAAUCACAGCUGUACUCCUGCUAUUAGCCAGGCCCCUGGGAGUCUCACCAUCUUUAGAUCCUUUUUUCUCUGGAGAGGCACAAGGAGAAUUUGAAGUGCCAUGGAUUCAGUCUUGCUCCUUGUAAUUAAACUGCAGCAUGGAGGAAAAGCCUGUAGAGCUUUGAGGGUGAGCCAUGGGGUAAGCCCUUGGUUACUUGAAUUACUCUGUGUAAGACAUGGAAAAUGUUCCCUAGUGAUUCCCAAACGUUUGGAAUCCCAGUUCGCAACCAUUAAUCUGGAAGCCGUCUCUGGUUCUUACACAUCUCAAAGCAAGAAAAAUCAGGACCAAAGUCACUUUGAUCCUACAUCCCAGGAGAAAACAACCUGGUUGGCCAGGCAGCAUACUCCCAUGAAAGAGUUUGGCCGAGCCUGUAAGGUGGCCACAUGUGAGACUUGGGUAGUUUGUUGCCUUUCACAUGAACCCUAACUGCAGACCUCUGUUGCUCAUCAGGAAGCUUCAAGUUUGAGUUCCAGGUCCCAGUUGCCAUCAUCACUGGGUUUGAAAAGCACUUUAACUGAAUCAUACAAGCAUUGAGACAUAAGCAGCACUUUCAGAUCAAAUUCGGGAGCCAGAGACUUCAAGCACCUCUGGGAUUCAUUGGUUGAAUCUUGCAAUAGAAACAAGCUUUCCCAAACCCAUAAGCCUUAGCCCUGGUUCUCAAUAGAAUCAGACGGGGCCCUAGAAGUAUGUAAUUUUACUCACCCUAAAAUACUGGAAGCCAGGCCUGUGUAGCUAAAAGAAUUCUGGCCUAAGAAUUAAGAGACCUGGGCUCCAGCCUCAGAUGUGUGACUGUGGACAAGGCAUGGGCCUCUGCGGGCCUCAGCUUUCUCAUCUGUAAAA